AUGUCAGGAAAUGAUGAGCGAAUGCAGCGAAUUCAUCUGGGAAACGAUGAAUUCGGUGGUUUGAUCGGAGGCCUUGCAGGAAACUUCAUCGAGAAUCAAGUUGGUGGUGGUUUUGGACAAAUUCUUGGUGGACUCUUGCGAGGAGGCGGAAGCGGUGUAGAUUCUGGUGGACUGGAUGUAGGGAAUUUGAUUGGUCAGUUUGUUGGUGGUGGCGCUCGAGAAGGUAGUGGCGGAGGAGACAAUGUACCGCUGGACUUUUUGCGUGGUGGUGUUAUUGAGGUGCUAUCAGAUAUGAUUGGUAAAGCAGCACAUCAUUUCCUGGGUGUUGAUCCGCAGACGGGUCGUAUUAUUGGUGCAGUUGCCGGUAAUGUGCUGUUUCAGCUAGGUGGAAAAGAUAACAAAUUAUCGGAUAUAGGCAAAAUUGUUUUGGACAACAUCAUUUCCGGAAAAUUCCACCGCAAGGUUGAUCCUUAUAUUCCACGGGAACCACGUUUGAUACCACGUCCACCAUCACCAAGUCGAAGAAGCGAAGCACUCGACUUUUAUAAAGAACGUGAUCGAUGUUUGCAAUCUAAUACUCUGUUCGAAGACCCAGAAUUUCCAGCCGAUGAUUCCAGUUUGUUUUAUAGUAGACGACCUCCGAAGUACAUUGAAUGGCUUCGUCCAGGAGAAAUCGUCCGCGAACCAAUGUUAAUUUCGGAGGGACAAACUCGCUUCGAUGUGAUUCAAGGCGAACUGGGAGAUUGCUGGUUGAUGGCUGGUGCUGCAAGUUUGACCCUACGUGAUGAGCUGUUUUAUCGUGUGGUCCCACCGGACCAGAGUUUCACCGAAAACUAUGCUGGAAUAUUUCAUUUUCAAUUCUGGCAUUAUGGUAAUUGGGUGGAUGUAGUUAUUGAUGACAGAUUACCAACAUCAGGUGGAAAGCUUUUGUAUAUGCAUUCCCGUGAACAUAAUGAAUUUUGGAGUGCUUUGGUCGAGAAAGCUUACGCCAAGUUAUACGGUAAUUAUGAAACUUUAAAAGGUGGUACAACAUCGGAAGCAUUGGAAGAUAUGACUGGUGGUUUGACAGAGUUUAUUGAUUUAAAAGAAUCACCACCAAAUUUAUUACAAAUGAUGUUUCGGGGCUUUGAAAUGGGUUCUUUGUUUGGAUGUAGUAUUGAGGCUUCACCAAUGGAAUUUGAGGCACGUACACAGCAAGGAUUAGUUAAAGGUCAUGCCUACAGCAUUACAGGAAUGAGACUGAUUGAAACAUCACAAGGCAAAAUUCCUCUAUUGCGAAUUCGUAAUCCAUGGGGUAAUGAACAGGAAUGGAAUGGUGAUUGGUCAGAUGACAGUGAAUUAUGGGAUUAUGUUUCCAGUCAGCAGAAGAAAGAUAUGAAUCUUGUCUUGGCGCAUGAUGGCGAAUUUUGGAUGUCAUUUGAUGACUUUAUGCGAUAUUUCAACAAAAUGGAAAUCUGCAAUUUGGGACCAGAUGUUAUGGAUGAAGUACGAGAGAUGACUGGUGUGUCAAUGGAAGAUGCAGGUUACGGACGCUGGAAUACUCGUUGCCAUCUUGGCGCAUGGAUAGGUGAUACUGCUGGUGGUUGCCGAAACUACUUAGAUACCUUUGCCAAUAACUCUCAGUUUGCUAUGACUCUUUCUAAUCCAAAUCCUGACGAUGAGGAUGGCCUUUGUACAAUAAUCAUUGCCGUGCUGCAAAAGAAUCGCCGUGAAAUGAAACCUCAAGGAUUAGAGAAUCUUGCUAUUGGCUUUUCUGUCUAUAAGGUCAAUGAAAUUUACGGCCACUUGGAUCGGAGUUUUUUUGCAUCACAUAAAUCAUGUGCAAGAAGUUCUGCAUUUAUCAAUCUUCGUGAGGUAACUGGCCGUUUCCGUCUUCAACCCGGCAAUUACAUCAUUGUUCCAUCAACUUUUGAGCCUGGUGAGGAAGGUGAAUAUAUGCUCCGUAUGUACACCAAUGUAACCAUCUCUUCCGAAGAGCUUGGUUAA